CAUUAAUACACUUGGAUUGAUACAGCACACAAGAUUAUGGAAAUCAACUCAACACAGCUCAGUUAAAAGGAUUGUCGGACAGGACAGCUAUUGUUUUCUCAAACCUCAAACCUUGAAAUUGAUCAGAAACACAAAAACAUCAUACAGGUGUCUCACUACUCCUGCUGGAACCAAGAAGGGCAGAGGAAAGCACAGGGAAAGUAAAGGUUAAAACCUCUCCAUACUAAAGUUUAAAACAUGUCAACUCAAGACCGUGCUGUUUUGGAAUUGGCAGUAAAUGAAUCAGGUGAGUCCACCCUGGAUAGGGCUACAGCAAAAGCGAAAGAAACAUUUGACCAGUUUUUAAAUGUCUCAUUAAACAUUGCGGUGACCGGAAAAACGGGAUCUGGGAAAUCCUCCUUUGUAAAUGUAAUUCUAGGCCUAAGUGACGUUGAUGAAAGAGCCGCACCUACUGGUGUCACAGAAACUACAAAGGAGCCCACCAUGUAUGUGCAUCCUACAAUGCCAAAUGUGAAAAUCUGGGACCUGCCUGGAAUAGGAAGUCCAAAUUUCAAAGCAAAUAAAUACCUUAAAGAGGUGAAAUUUAAAACCUAUGAUUUUUUUAUAAUCCUUAACUCAGAGAGGUUCAUGCAGAAUGACAUCAUGCUGGCUAAAGAAAUAAGAAAACAGAGGAAACAUUUUUACUUUGUUCGUUCCAAGAUUGACAUUGACAUUUCUUCAGAGCAAAGGAAAAAGAGACUAAAUGAGCAGAAUGUCCUUGACACAAUAAGAGAGGACUGUCAAAAUAACUUGAAAGAAAUGGGAGACUCUAAAGUUUUCCUGAUAUCAUCUGUUGCUUUGGGGAAAUAUGAUUUUGAAAUCCUUGAAAACACACUCUUAGAAGAGCUUCCAUUCCAUAAGCGAUCUGCUCUUCUACAAGCUUGGCCAGUGUGCUCUGCUGCAUGUCUUAAGAAGAAGAUCAAGUUAUUUAAAAGUCUGAUCUGGGCUGCAUCUCUUGCUUCUGCUGGUGUAGCAGCGGCCCCUGUGCCUGGGGUGUCAGUAGUUUGCGAUGCAGUCAUUGUGUUGCUUUUCCUUUCAAGGUGCUAUUAUGCAUUUGGUUUGGAUGACAGAUCACUGGAAAGGCUUUCAAAAAAAGUGGCCAUGCCAUUGCAGGGAUAUCGGGCUAAAUCAAAGUUUGCUGAUGCCAUCCAAAAAAAAGCAAUAACCACAAUAGAAGUCUCUGCUUCACUUGUAACACUUGCUGCCAUUAAAGAUAUGUUGAGUCUCCUUCCAGGUGUGGGCAGUGCUGUUGCUGCAGGAUUGUCAUUUGCUUCUACUCAGUAUAUUUUAAGAGAAGGAUUAAAUGAACUGGCAAAUACUGCUCAAGAAAUCAGAAGAGUUGCUGGGUUGGACACAAUCUAAUAACUCUUAAUUGGCCUGAAAACAUGUCAUUAUCUUGAGAAUGUAGAUUGUUCCUGUUUAUUUAGUUUAUUUCCUGUAGACCAAGUAUGCAUUUUCUGCCUUUGUCACUGACUAAAUCAUAGGAUGUUGUUUUUGUUAGAUUGUUCUUUUGAUGUUGAAUUUGGAAUAGAUGUUACUUAAUAGUUCUUAACGAAUAAUUCUAAUAUGCAUGUAAACAGUAUAACUUUUAUUAGUUGAUAAUAACACUAUAAUUUUCCCAUUGUUGUUUUUUUUUAUUAUUAUUAUUUUAGU